AUGCCACUGCUGAAUCGCUUGUUUAGUCUUGCCGUGCUUGGGAUUUCCGCAGUUCCAUCCGUGCUGUCCUUCCAGCCGGGCUUUGACUAUGGUUCCGAAAAAGUACGAGGUGUCAAUCUUGGCGGCUGGCUUGUCCUAGAGCCUUGGAUCACUCCAAGUAUAUUCGAGAACACUGGCAACGAUGAUAUUGUCGAUGAGUGGACCUUCGGCGAGUACCAGGACUACGACACCGCACUGGCGGUUUUACAAGACCAUUGGAACUCUUGGAUCACCGAAGAUGACUUUGAAGCCAUUGCAGCAGCUGGCUUGAACCAUGUUCGUCUCCCCAUCGGUUACUGGGCAUUUGCGGUCGGUUCAGGAGAACCGUACAUAACUGGUCAGCAAGAAUAUUUGAAGAAGGCCAUUACCUGGGCGGCGAACCACGACCUCAAGCUCAUCAUCGACCUGCAUGGUGCCCCUGGCAGUCAGAACGGUUUUGAUAAUUCUGGUCAUAGAAUGUCGUAUCCAACAUGGCAGUCUAACCAGACCAACAUCGAUAGGACAGAUGACAUUAUCAAGACCAUUAUUUCUAUGGUCGAUUCGGAGUACGAAACAGUGCCUAUCAUCGCACCAUUGAAUGAACCUGCAGGAUAUGACGGUGACGAAAUGCUCGAAGUCGUGAAGCAAUAUUGGUAUGACUCAUAUCCUUACAAUUCAUCUACAGAAAGUAAUACUGUUGAACUCAUUCAUGACGCGUUCCAAAGUCUCAGUUAUUGGGAUGGCUUUAUGGUUGACGGAUACGACGGCGUCGCAAUGGACACUCACAUCUACCAGAUGUUUUCAGACGAGGAAGUUGCCUACAACUAUUCUCAGCACAUCACAGAGGCGUGCAGUUAUGGGUCUAGCCUCGCCGACUUUGACCUGUGGAUAAUUGUUGGUGAAUGGACCCCUGCAUCCACAGACUGCGCGAAAUGGUUGAAUGGUCGCGGCACUGGAUCACGCUAUGACGGAACCUAUUCAGGCUCGACCUACGUCGGCAGCUGUACGGGCAAAACAGGCAAUGCUACGUCCUUUAGCUCAGAUUACAAGACCUUCAUGCGCCAAUACUGGGAAGCUCAGGUCAUCACCUACGAGAAAGGUAGUGGAUGGAUUCAAUGGACCUGGAAGGCUGAGAAUGCGGAUGAUUGGACUUACCAGGCUGGGUUGAAGUAUGGAUGGAUACCACAGGACCCAACUGACUUGGAAUACCCGGACAUUUGCGAUUGA